CUUUGGGGCCGAAAGCUUCUCCCAGAGAGUGGUGCUGAGUGCGAGGCCACGCCUCUCACAAGUUCCCAGAAGGUGAUCCUCCGCAGCCUGUGUGGCCCAAGCUACCCGCGCAGGGUCUCUUCGCAAGCGAGCUCAGUUUCCUGACGAACUCAUCCGCGCGCAUUAUUCCGCGCAAUGGCUCUGACCAUGAAGAUUGUUCUCUGCGUCUUGGCAAUUAGCGCAAGGUCUCCUCAAGCUGCACGUGUCAGCGUGAGCGAAGGAGCUCUGGCCCUAGCUGAAAAGCGCUCGACUGUGGACUUGGGGCGUGAAUUCGACCUGAAGAAACUUCCGAAGAUGAUAAAUGCUGGCAUGAACCUGGGCAUUACACUCAUCAGUGCCUUCAAUGAGGCCGACCCGGAUAUCGAGUUGGCCAUCGAGAGCCUUGAGAUCCAGGGUUGGCAGUUGGUGACGCUGAUGAUCCCCGACGAGGAGAAGGAUUCGACCGCCAUGAUGAACGCGAGGAAGGCGUGGGACGAUGCCUUCGGAGAUAUCCCAGGGCUGGUGGAGAGAAUCCAGGCAUCCUGGGCGAAGUCCGAUGCGCAGGGAGCGCUGGAGAUCCUGCUGGAGGUUGUCGAUUUGGGGCUGCGCGCUGCGGCGACAGUCGCCCCAACAGAGGCCAGAUUCAUCAGCGCCAUCUCCGACUUUGCGAAGGGAUUCGGCGGCACGGUCUCGAGCUUCAGCAAGAAGAUGGACCUCCUCUCCUCGGGCGAUUCCUUGGCGCAGACCGGCGACGGGUUGGGGCGCGACGGGUGGGACGGGGCCCACAUGAACAAGUUGCUGACCACCUCGGUGGGUCUGGUCACCACCUUGAUAUCCUCACUCCUCGAGGAGCCUCCAGACUUCCGAUAUGCCAUCGACUCGUUCAAGGUCCAGGGCUGGCAGCUGGCGAAGCUGAUCGUGCCCAGGACGGAGUGGCGGUCCCAGGCUUUCAAGAGUGCCAAGAGGGCCUGGGACGAGGUCUGGGCAGACGCCGCGGAUCUUACCGAGCAGGCGCUCAGUGCUUGGAACGGCGGCAACGUGGACCAGAUGAUCGAUGUGAUUGUGCAGGCCGUGGAGAAAGGCUUGCGCACCGCCGCCCACGUGGACACGUCCCGAGAGAGGGAACUCAAUGCUGUGGCAGACCUGAUCAACGGCGUCUCGGGGAGCUGCAUGAAGCUUGCUCACGAGAUCGGGUGGCUGGGCGAUUGACGGUCCCGCUUUGCUUCGGCGUGACGCCCCUCAACCUUGUGUAGCCGGGCGGCCAGGCGACCCUUGGAAGAGCGAUCCGUCAUUGUUGCUUCGACGAUUGCGGUAGGUUUUAAUAGACUCAAAAUUCAUAGGAUUCAAUAGACCUGCUUCCGCACAAGCGCAGCACACCGCGUGAAUACCUCUCGAGAACCGCCCAGAAUACAUGAAGAAAGGUCCCAGAAGAGGAUCCCGAUGUGCCUCCUGCUCCAGAAGGCCAGCUCCGUCACGGGCAGCUUCGGGAUGGGAAUGGUACGAAAGGGCGCCAUUGGAGGACCCGCAGUACGAAAGGGGGGGGCCCAACGGUUCCGCCCCCGCCCUCCCCCGAUUCCCCUCUCAGAGGAGGAGGAUUGGACGCCCCUCCCUUUGUCUUUGCUGGAGGAAAGGGAGAACCCUCCCCGUCCCCACUCUGCGCCGAAGUCGAGUCUCUUCGCUUGUUUGGCGGCAGAUGUGCUUGCCACGACCGACUCGUGGCUCGCUGAAUCCGCGACGAAAGACAGUUCGGCGGGAGACCGAGUGAAACGC